GACAAGCAUUCUUCAGCACUGCUGGUCCAGCCUGUCAAACUUGUCCUAUUUGUCUGUCUCUAAUCAGCGGUUAAAAGAGAGUAAAGUUCAAGCAGUUGCAUUGUGCAAAGGUUUGCUAGAUGGAAGUUUUGCGACAGAACCAAACAUACCUGAGGAAAGGCACCGGAGGUCUGAUUGGUAUUUUGCCCCUUUAUCUGAACUGAUAAGUAUACCCACGAUAUGGCUGGGCGUGUUGCUGUGAUCGGAGCCGGGUGCUCUGGACUGACUUGUAUAAAGUGUUGUUUGGAUGAAGGUCUGGAACCAGUGUGCUUUGAGAGCUGCGAUGACAUUGGAGGACUCUGGAGGUUUAAGGAGACACCAGAGGCUGAACGCUCCAGCAUGUACCGCUCACUGGUUGUAAAUACCUCAAAAGAGAUGAUGUGCUUUAGUGAUUUUCCCAUUCCAGCACAUUACCCAAACUACAUGCACCACUCCAAGCUGAUGAACUACUUACGGCUGUAUGCUGAGCACUUUGAUCUGCUCAAGUACAUUCACUUCCAGACAACGGUGCUCAGUGUGAGACAGAGGCAUGACUUCUCUCACACAGGUCAGUGGGAGGUGGUGAUUGAGAACAGAGAUGGACACAAAGAAACACAGGUGUUUGAUGGGGUGCUUGUAUGUUCGGGAAUCUUCACACACCCUGUUACACCCCUCUCAGCGUUUCCUGGAAUAGAUACAUUCCCAGGGAAGUGCUGCCAUAGUUGGGAAUAUAAGGAUCCAAAUUCAUUCCGGGGGAAGAGGGUGGUGGUUAUUGGCAAUGGCAACUCUGCUGGAGAUAUUGCUGUGGAGAUCAGCAGAGUGGCAGAAAGUACUUUUCUGAGCAUGCGUGAAGGAGCAUGGGUUGUAAGCCGUUUGUCAACCGGUGGUCUGCCUUUAGACAUGAACAUUUCGACACGUCUAAACUACCUUCUAUUGCGAGUGCUUCCUAAUUCUCUGCUCAACUGGGCACUGGAGAGAUUGUACAAUCAGAAAUAUAACCACAGAUUGUACGGACUGCAGCCAAGACACAGGAUACUCAACCGAGUACCCAUUAUUAAUGACGACCUACCAGGACGCAUCCUUCAGGGGGCAGUGCAGCUAAAACCAAACGUGCAAGAGUUCCAAGGCUCGACUGUGGUAUUUGAUAACGAGACGAUCGAAGAUGGGAUCGAUGCAGUUGUCUUCUGUACAGGAUACAAGCCAAGCUUCCCGUUUUUACUGCAUUCAAAGAACAUCAAUCCUGAAAAAGAAAUGAGCCUUUACAAAAGAGUCUUCCCUCUGUACCUUGAGCAGCCCACACUGGCCUUCAUAGGGUUUCUCACUGCCACAGGACCUUUAAUGCCCAUAAUGGAAAUGCAGGCACGAUGGGCCACUCGAGUCUUUAGAGGUUUAAACCAUCUUCCUCCUGUAUCAGUAAUGAAAAAGGUCAUUGAGAAAACCUGGAAAGCAAAUCUGAAAAGAUUCUCUUGUGCAAAGACAUCUGCUUUGAUAGUGGACUUUAUCACUUACUUGGAUUCCGUUGCACAGGAAAUCGGUGUGCGUCCCAACCUUUUGUGGCUGCUCUUGUCCGAUCCUGGUUUGGGUUUCAGGAUUCUGUUCGGUCCCUGCACUUCGUACCAGUUUCGGCUGUGUGGACCAGGAAAAUGGGCAGGGGCUCGACAGGCCAUUCUCAGCCAAUGGGAGCGUGUAGCCGAGCCAUUUAAGACACGUCCCGUUCCAGAGCACAAAUCUUGUGGAUUUCACUACUGGCUGAUUCUGGCAGGAGGAAUGAUGCUGACUUUUGCUCUCGUUGAACUGCAGAAGAGAAAUAAACCUUUCUUUAGUAUCUGAUUACAUAUCUUAUGGUCUUUAUAGUAGUGUAUUUUAGAGUUUUGCAUAAAACUAGAAUAAUUUAUACUCAAUAGUUGUCAUGUGGAAACAAUUUAAAUCUAAUAUGAAUGUUUUUCCAAUGUGAUAAAAUGCUAAUUUUUUUAUCUUAUCAUAUGCUUGAAUGAAGUCUAGGAUUUGACUAAA